AUGUUCUCCCUUCGAACUGUCGCCGCCGGUGUGACUCUCGCCCUGGCUGGCGUUGCACAGGCAUGGCACACCGAAUACCCGCCUUGUCUCGAUCCUUUUCAGCCCUACGUCGCUGCAGGAUGCUUCCAGGAUGGCGUUCAGGGCAGCAACGCUGGUGCGCUCAUCUACCGCUCUGGUCAGAACCAGUACAACAUGACUGUUGAGAAGUGUGUCGCCGAGUGCAAGGGCAACGGCUUCCGCUAUGCUGGCCUAAAGUACUACGGUGUCUGCUACUGCGGCUCAACUGUCGGCGGCGCCCAGCUCGCUGAUGAUCAGUGCACUUAUCCUUGCACUGGUGAUAACACUGAGACAUGCGGCAGUGACAAUGCCCUCAACAUCUGGCAGGAUCCUACUUUCAAGACUACCAACCUUGGCGGCGUUGUCACCAACCUUCCUGGGACCGUCCAGUCCAUCGUCGGUUACAAGCCUAACGGCUGCUACACUGACAACUCCGCCAAGGGUCGUGCUUUAACCUGGCCUAUGGAUGUCGAUAGCUCUACAAUGACUCCAACAACCUGCCUGACCGCUUGUGCUGACCAGGGCUUCCCUCUUGCUGGUCUUGAGUACGGUGGCGAGUGCUACUGUGGUAAUGUUUUGGCCAACGAUACUGUCAAGGCUGAUGUUGGUGACUGCAAUGUCCCUUGCAAUGGUGACAAGACCUUACUCUGUGGUGGACCCAGCCGUCUGAGUGUCUAUAUCUCCAACGAUUUGCUGUCCCUCCAACCUUGUGGUUAUACCCCUGGUAGCUCUUCUUCUUCCUCUUCUUCUUCCACUCAGUCUUCGACCUCGACCACUUCUGCCUCCACAUCUAGCUCCAGCUCUACCAGCUCCAGCUCUACCAGCUCCAGCUCUACCAGCUCCAGCUCUACCAGCUCCAGCUCUACCAGCUCCAGCUCUACCAGCUCCAGCUCCUCCAGCUCUACCACAACCUUGAGCACUGUUACCAGCACUACCACGAACAACGGGCCUUACCCUCCUCCCUCAAGCACCAGCAAAGGACCUGGCUCUUCCUCAAGCACCACCAAUGGUCCCAACCCUCCUUCAAGCACCACCAAUGGUCCCAACCCUCCUUCAAGCACCACCAAUGGUCCUAACCCUCCUUCUGGAAGUACUGCUACUACUACCUCCUGCACCACCACUACCGGUCCUGCUAUGUGUACUUCUACUGUCGUUGUUCCUAACACCUGCGAGUACAAGUGCGGUAACUGGUGUGCCCCCUCUGUUCCCGAUUUUCAAGACCAGAACAGCUGCCAGACUGCCUACAACAACUGCGCUAAGAACAUUGCCUCAUGCUUCCAGAACGCCGGCUGGCCUGGAGUUCUCAACUGUUUCGAUUUCUCCAAGUGGUGUGAUGGUGUCCAGGGUUACUGCGCUUCUACUUGCACUCGUGGUCGCACCUGCAGCAAAGCUGGCUGCUUCAAUAACAACGCUCCCUCUGGUGGCAACAAUGUCAAGACCACUACCAGUGUCUACCCUUGUGCUGCCACUAGUACUUCCACCACUGCUUCUUCUGCUUCUACAUCUUGCGCUCCCCAGCCCACCAACAUUUGCUCGCAGCCCAGCUCUCGCAUCUGGGGUUACGGUCCCGGCAACCCUGUCGGCGGUAUUGAACUUCCUCUCGUUGCCUGCAACGACUUGAAGAAUGACUUUUCCCAGAACCCAUUCAAGCUGUACACCGAUACAAACUCCAACUCUUGCUCUUCUUACUCCCGCAACCAGCAAUCCAGCGCCUGUGCCGAUGCCUGCAAGACCCAGUACAACUCUUGUGUCAAUACCUAUGUUCAGAGCUGCAAGAAGCUCAAUACCCGCAGCGAAGGUAACAACUACUUUGACAAGCGCUCGCACUCCCAUUUCCACAAGCGUGCCCUUGAGAAGUCCGGCAUUGAGCCCCGCUUCUUCAACCUUUUCGGCAAUGUUCAGUGGCAGACUGCUCAGACCAAGUGUGGCAUCCAGUACACCGACUGCCUUCUUGAGAACAAAAACGUCUACUACAGCAACCGUUGCCAGACCUUUGGCACUGGUGUCUAA